AUGCUCCUGUCGCCACCAGCCCCAUGGCCGCGCGUCGAGCCCGUGCGCUUGAAUCGUCUCCCGCAGCGCAAAGACCGGCUACUCUCGCUUCCGCGUAGCCGGCGGCCAAGGUCGCCGCGGCGGCUCGUCUUGUGCAUGGCUGAGAUGGCCAUGGUCGGGCGUGGGUCAUCCCGGGAGCCUGGGGUUUCUGCUGGGGAGGGGGAGGCGAUGCUGGGAGGUGACAAGUUGCCCGGUCAGAGGGCGGAGGCGGCGGCAACCCGGUGGACGCCCGUCGAGGCGGCGCUGAAUGGGAUGAGUAAAUGGCUGGUUGCUGGUUCUUUUGCUUUUGUGGCUCUUUGGAAGCGUGAUUCUGAAAUUAUGUGGGCUUUGAUGGGUGCGCAAGCAAACUCUAUGCUUUCGUCGGUUCUUAAAAAACUGCUCAACCAUGAAAGGCCGGCACCAGCUUUGCGGUCUGAUCCUGGGAUGCCAUCAUCCCAUGCCCAAUCCAUUUUCUAUGCUGCAACACUUCUAGUUCUUUCAGUCUUCUAUUGGCUUGGGACAAAUUAUCUGGCAAUGAUUAUUGGGGCUACAACUAUAGCAUCGGCCUCCUAUCUAUCGUGGCUACGGAUAUCGCAGCGUCUCCACACACUGAACCAGGUUCUUGUGGGCGCUACUGUAGGAUCAGCCUUCAGCACUAUGUGGUUUGCACUCUGGCAUUUGUUUGUGCGGGAAGCUUUUGCUUCCUCGUUGUGGGUCAAAAUUCCGGUCGGCCUUGGUUCAGAAGUGUUUUGUGUUGCCUUCGUCGUCUACAUCAUUCGGCAGUGGUUCAAGGAUGAGCAAUGA